AUGUCGAAGAGAAUAAUGUGUGAAGUAUUAUGUACUACCGAGGACUUAGGAAUGGACAUCUUUUAUAGCGAUACGGACAGUAUGCAUCUCUACAAUGAAGAUAUCCCUCGUUUAGCUGAAGAGUUUGAGAAACGUUAUGGAAGAAUUCUCAUUGGUAAAAACCUUGGUCAAUUUCAUAGCGACUUUGCAGAAAUCACAAAAGAUAAACAAAGUUUAGCAUACAGGUCAAUAUUUUGUGGAAAGAAGACUUACAUAGACUUACUCACGAAUGAUUUAAAUGAAGUUGCAUUUCACUGCAGAAUGAAAGGCGUGAAGCAAGAUGUUAUUGCUUUAACCGCUAAUGAAAUGUUUCCUGACUCUGUUCAGUGUUUCUAUGAUGAAGAUAAAGGAGAUGGAUAA